AUGAUCGUGUUACGUGUUAAUAUUCUAAACUAUUCAUGUCUCAAAACAACACCAUUAGUGUUAUUGAAUAGAAUGAAAUCAAAUAAUACAGAACAAAUAAUAACGCCACUAAAUGGAAAUGAUAAUAACAAAUUUGGAUUAAAUAAUAUUCAUUUAGAAAGUUUACAGUUACCUGAAGAAUUAUCACUCCAUGCCAGUAAACUUCUUCCAUAUUUAGUAGAGUAUAUAUCAAAAAUUAAUUUUGGAUACAUGAAACAUAUUACAGGUUUAGUUGAUAAAUAUUCCAAUGAAAAAGCAACAUUAAUCGAAAAAUAUUCCAAUGAAAGAACAACAUUAAUCGAAAAAUAUACUAAACAAAUCGAUUCAUAUAUAUUUGAAAUUAAAUCGUUAAAUGCUUCAAGAUUAAUGUUAAAAAAUCAAUAUAAUCUUCGUGGUGCUUUAGAAUUUAUAAGAUCAUGUAUACAAAGUAGGAAUGCAAAACAAUUAAAUUUUCAAGAACCAGUGGAUAAAACAUUAACGUUAUUAACAAAAGAUUUAACUUUUAUCAAUGAAUUAACAUUAUCGGUGAACAGAAAAAAGAACAGUUUACGUUUACAAGAUGUAGAAAAGUGUUUAGCAAGUCUCUAUCAUAGGUUAUCUCAACUUUGGUCGAAACUAAAAAUGUCGAAAGAAAAAAUAGCGAGAAGAAUAAUGUUCGGGAAAAAAUGA